AUGGGGCGAAAGUCGGAUGCGGCGCGCUUCCAGGCCAUGGGGCGCGGCGGCAAGCCCAUCACCCGCGCCCGCAUCCUCACUUUCCUCGCCGCCGGCUUCCUGGUCGGCUUGGGCCUCGGCUUUGUGUUCAUGGGCACGGUGCACGCGAACCUCAUCAUGUUUGGCACCUACAAGCUGGUGCAGAAGAUGCCGGGGGGGGACAAGAUGGUGGCCUUCACCCGCAUCUUGCACCGCACCACGCAGGACGCGCUGUCGCCGCGGGUGCCCACCUUCCUGGCCAAGCCGCUGCACCCAGAGUGCGACGCCUGGUGCGACUACCCGGUGGCCGACCGCCCCAACGCCAUCCGCCAGUUUUUGGACGCGGCGCGCGCAGACCCGGGCCUCAUCCGCGCGCCCUGGCUGUACAUGAUCGAAACAGACUUUAUUGAGGGCGACGAGGAGUGCAAGAAGGCGCUGGACUGGGUGCGGGAGAUGUACGCCUUCUCGGUGGCGGCGGCGCUGGAGAAGAUACCGCUGGACAUGCACGAGCCUCCGGACAGCGUGACGAUGAUCCAGCCGCCCGCCGACGCACGCCUGGGCAAGGCGCACCUGAUGCAUUACACCUGGGGCGCCAUCUUCAACGCUCCCAACGGGACCAAGGAGUGGGAAUUUGACAAGCGCUUCUACACAGAGCCCAAGCACGAGGAGGAGCUGCCCAAGAUCCCGCCGCCGCCGCCGUUCCGGGAGGGGUGGAAGCUGCAGGACGGGCUGCCGGUCACCCGGGAUCUGUAUGACGUCAUCGCCCAGAUGAUCGACACCAUGAACCGAGGCAUAGACGCUGAGGGGCUGGCAUGA